UGGAAAUCAGAGCAGUGCGCGAAGCUAUAAAAGCCGUCUUCUGAAGCGCGCUUCUUGUGUUAUUUUCUGCCGCUGUCACGUUGUCGGUCGAAAAUCUUUGACUCUCUUUGAUCGUGUUUUUUUGGGAGAUUUUCAACAUUAGCUGCAUUUCUGCAGAAGGUUCCACGUAGCGAACUUGGCUGCUGAUUCCACGGAAUAUUUAAUUGGAACGCUGUUUUCGUUACGGACUGCUGCAAAAAUGUGUGGUAUUUUUGCAUACAUCAACCACCUGGUACCCAAGAAACGUCGCGAAGUUCUUGAGUAUAUCUUCAACGGACUGCAUCGUAUGGAGUACCGAGGCUAUGAUUCUGCUGGGAUAGCUUUCGACUGUGGAUGCGAUGCAAAAAGUAUUCAUGACACCAUUGCUGUGCUGAAAAUGCCUGGAAAAGUCAAAGUUUUGGAGAGCAGCGUGAUGGGUGAUGAAAAGUACGCCGAUGACUACGUUUUUAAUAUCCACUGUGGGAUUGGACAUACACGAUGGGCAACACACGGGGCGCCCUCCGCAGUUAAUAGCCAUCCACACAGAUCUGAUGACACAAACGAAUUUGUGGCUGUACAUAAUGGAAUCAUCACCAAUUAUAAAGAUUUAAAGAAAUAUCUGGAAGCUCAUGGAUUCGUGUUUGAGUCGGAGACGGAUACCGAAACCAUUCCCAAGCUGAUAAAGCAUAUAUACGAUAAACAUCCCGAAAUGUCAUUCCGUGAACUGGUCGAGCAAGCCAUCCAGCAAAUCGAAGGAGCUUUUGCUUUGGCCAUUAAAAGCCGUCAUUUUCCCGGAGAAUGUGUCGCAACACGACGAGGAAGCCCUCUCCUGGUUGGCAUCAAAAGUCAAAAUCAUUUGACUACUGACUACAUUCCCGUACUCUAUAGCAAUGAUUUGAAGCAGUCUCCGCCAGCUGCGAAGAAAAAGAAUGGAAUGCGGGGAGGAGAAGGCGACGGCCGAGAAGAUCUUACUGAGUUUCGUACGCUGAGCGAACGAGCGGAAGUCGAAUACUUUUUUGCCAGUGACGCGAGUGCAAUCAUCGAGCACACCAAUAGAGUUCUCUAUCUGGAAGAUGAUGAUGUUGCUUAUGUGACUUGUGAAGGAGGGCUUUCGAUACACCGCAUUAAGCGCACUCUGGAUCCCAACGAACCAACUUCGCGGGAGAUUACGACAUUGCGCUUGGAACUGCAGCAAAUUAUGAAAGGAAGCUAUGAUUACUUCAUGCAAAAAGAAAUCUUCGAACAGCCAGAAUCUGUUUACAAUACUAUGCGAGGUCGAGUUUUCUUCGAUGAGAAGAAAGUAGUUUUGGGUGGAGUGAGAGAUUACGUACCGGAAAUCAAACGGUGUCGUCGACUGGUGAUGAUUGCAUGUGGAACGUCAUACCAUUCUGCUGUUGCAACUAGGCAACUACUGGAGGAAUUAACGGAAAUCCCCGUUAUUGUGGAGCUCGCUAGUGAUUUCUUGGAUCGCUCUACACCCAUCUUCCGUGAUGAUGUGUGCUUUUUCAUAAGUCAAAGCGGUGAAACUGCUGACACCUUAAACGCUCUACGUUACUGCAAGAAACGAGGCGCCCUCAUCGUAGGGAUUACCAACACUGUCGGCUCGAGCAUUUGCCGCGAAUCCCAUUGUGGAGUUCACAUCAAUGCCGGUCCGGAAAUCGGUGUAGCCAGUACAAAAGCCUACACAAGCCAGUUCAUCUCUUUGGUCCUCUUCGCGCUUGUUAUGAGCGAAGAUCGUGUCUCUCAGAACCCCCGUCGUAUGGAGAUCAUUGAAGGUCUUCGCCAACUUCCCGAGCAGAUUCAGCAAGUUUUACAGUUGGACUCGGAGGUCAAAGCCUUAGCUCAGCAGCUGUAUCAGCAAAAGUCGUUGUUAGUCAUGGGACGUGGGUACAAUUUCUCUACAUGCUUGGAAGGAGCCUUGAAAAUUAAGGAGCUAACGUAUAUGCACAGUGAGGGCAUUCUAGCCGGCGAGCUGAAACACGGUCCGCUGGCCCUGGUGGACAAGGGAAUGCCCAUUGUCAUGGUCGUCACCCGCGAUAAGGUCUUCAGUAAAUGCAUGAAUGCCGUGCAUGAAGUCAAAGCGCGUGAGGGCCGACCGAUUAUAGUGGGUGAGAUCGGCGAUAAGGAGACGGAAAGCUACGGCUAUCGAUUUUUGGCGGUUCCACAUACUGUUGACUGCCUGCAAGGUAUCCUGACGGUGAUCCCUCUCCAGCUUCUUUCCUUCCACAUCGCUGUUUUGCGCGGAUGCAAUGUGGAUUGCCCACGGAAUCUGGCCAAAUCGGUCACCGUUGAAUGAACCGUGCGCGUUUCGGUGACUGGAUGGUUAUUUUCGGGAUAAUUGUAUCACCCUGUCAAUGCGCUCUAGUUGUGUACCAGAGUUUAGAAAUUUUUUAUUAUCUGAACCGGCUGUACGCACAGGUGAUGUUAUCGUGUUAAUCAGUCGGUGCUUCGAUUUGGCUUUUCCAAGGCAGCCCAGUUCUGAGUUUAUAGAGGACCAAUAUUGCAGUCUUUGCUGUCGGAUAGUUUCUAUUGUCUUUUCUAGCGUGGCUUUCUGUGCAAAUACGAAGUUGAAUUGGUAUGAAUACUCGCUUUUUAUUUUUAUUGCAGUUUAUCUGUUAUAGCUUUUAAAAAACGCUUAUGACGAAAUAAAAAGUUAAUUACUUG